ACACGAGAAAAAUGGAUAUUCUAAACCGAAUAUUCCUUUUUCAUCAUCCUUAUUAUAUCUCUUAACUUCCAUUUCCACUUUCCCUCAUUUUCUCACAAGCAAGUAAAAAGAAAAAGACACAACAAAACAAAGCAAAAGAAGAAAGCAUGAAGUUUGGUAAGAGUCUGAGCAAUCAGAUCGAGCAGACACUGCCUGAAUGGCGCGACAAGUUCUUGUCUUACAAGGAUCUCAAGAAGCGUCUCAAGCUCAUCGACUCCAAAACCGGAGAUCGUCCCGCCAAACGUCUCCGGCUCGACGAUAACUCCGUCGGGAUGUCGAAAGAAGAGAUCAGUUUCGUCCAGUUGCUGGAGGAGGAGCUGGAGAAGUUCAACAACUUCUUCGUUGAGAAGGAGGAAGAGUACAUCAUCAGACUCAAGGAAUUGAGAGAUAGGAUUGGCAAGUCCAAGGACUCAAAGGAGAAGAUGAUGAGCAUAAGGAAAGAGAUCGUUGAUCUCCAUGGAGAGAUGGUUCUUCUCGAGAACUACAGUGCUCUGAACUACACAGGAUUGGUUAAGAUACUGAAGAAGUACGACAAACGAACCGGUGACCUCAUGCGCUUGCCUUACAUCCAAAAAGUUCUUCAGCAACCCUUUUACACUACCGACUUGCUGUACAAGCUGAUCAAGGAAUCCGAGGCGAUGCUCGAUUGCUUCUUCGAGUCGGUCGCUGCUGAUGCAACAACAGAGUCUGAUGAGAGUAGUAGUGUCCACCAAGCAGAGCACAAGUUCAUGGAGAGCCUCCACAUGAAAAGUACAAUAGCUGCUUUGCGUGUGCUGAAAGAAAUCAGGAGCAAAAGCUCCACUGUGAGCGUCUUCUCCCUGCCGCCGCUCCAGUUAAACGGGUUAGACAAGAUUCCCUUGUUGGAGCAAGAAGCCAAAUAGAGAGGAAAGAAGGCACUGCUCUUUCCACUUCUAUUACAGUAGAAAGCUAACAUAUUAUAAAAACCAUACAUUAUAUCAAUGUCUUUGGUCCUUUUAAAAGUCCUUAGGAGUUGUAACUUUGUUACUGUGUUUGGUUUGUAGUAAUUUGAUAUAAUAUACCACUUUCAGAUU